UUCUCUAUUUUUCUUCUGCUAAAGUUACCAAGCUGUGAGAUAGCAAUGGGUGUUUUCACGUACGAAAAUGAGGUGACCACCGUCAUUCCUCCGGCCAAGUUCUUCAAGGCUUUUAUUCUUGAUGCCGACCGACUUUACCCCAAGAUCGUGCCACAUCAGCCCAAAACUGAAGUUGUCGAAGGAGAUGGCGGUCCCGGAACUAUCAAGAUUAUCACCUUCAGUCACGGCGAGCAAGUGAAAUCCAUAAAGCACAGGCUGGACGUAGUGGACGAAAAAUCGUUGACUUACAAAUACACGGUGUUAGAAGGGGAGAUUUUAUCAGACAAUAUAGACCAAAUUUCAAAGGAAUUGAAGGUAACGGCGGGACCUGACGGAGGAUCCAUUUUGAAGAGCGUAAGCAUUUACCACACCAAAGGAGACCACCAAAUCGACGAGCAGAAGCUCAAGAUCGGCGAGGAAAAGGGAUUGGGCCUUCUCAAAGCCGCCGAGGCCUACCUCCUGGCCAACCCUGCUGAAUAUAACUAAACCAAAA